UCUACAGAUUAAUAUCUUAUUGUUAUGAAUGCCUCUUUGGAUGACAUUCUGCCAAUCUAUGCUUAUGGCCACACAGUGGGGAAGUCAGUCACUGGAGGUUAUGUCUACCGGGGGUGUGAAUCCCCAAAUCUCAAUGGCCUCUACAUCUUUGGAGACUUCAUGAGUGGUCGACUUAUGGCUUUGCAGGAAGAUAGAAAAACCAAGAAAUGGAAGAAACAAGACAUUUGCCUGGGCAACACUGAGUCUUGUGCCUUCCCAGGGCUGAUCAGCACCUACAGCAAGUUUAUCAUCUCCUUUGCUGAAGAUGAAGCAGGGGAGCUCUAUUUCUUGGCCACCUCUUACCCAAGUGCCUACACCCCACACGGAUCUAUUUACAAAUUUGUUGACCCAUCAAGGCGAGCACCCCCAGGAAAGUGCAAAUACAAGCCGGUGCCGGUGAAAACCAAGAGUAAGCGGGUCCAAUUCAGGCCACUCGCCAAGACAGUCUUGGACUUACUAAAGGAACAAUCCAAGAAAGGUGCUAGAAGAUUCUCCAGUGCAACUUUAGCUUCCAGUCCAGACCGGGCCUCAUCUCGGAAAGGCUCCUCCAAGAAGCUGGCUUCUCCCACAAGCAGCAGGAAGAUGCCUCGAGGGUCUAAUGCAAAGAAGAGAGCCAGAGUGUGGUCCCCAGGCCCCCAGGGGAAGAGGAGGAAGAGCCUGAGGACCCACAGUGGCAGGGUGAGCCAGUCAGCCCAGCGGAGGCGAGCUAGCAGAAGCCUCCCUCGUCCUUUUCUAUCUAGGUGGCCGACCAGGGGACAUGCGAUGGGAAAACCACCCCUCCACGUGGAAGGUGCUGCUGCUGAACGUGGACCUUAGAUGUAUGGGAAGCGGGGGUGGAGGUGGCACAGGCGGAGAGAACUU